AUGGGGAAGAUGCUUCAGAUGGAUAAAAAAAGGGGUCGGCAGAACAUGAAGCACCAUCUGUUCUCAAGACGCCAAAUGACAAACACAAAGACUCUCAGAGAAACACUACAACACCUUUUAGAUACAUUAAUACCAAGUGAACAAGACAAGGUGGGAAAAUUCAAUAAAGGUAAGAUGGACUUACAGUUGUUGUAUACCGAUACUGAUUCCCUAUUCUACAGUGUGGAGACAAAAGAUUUUUACGACGACUUGGCAGCCAAUCCGAAUCUUAUGCUGUUUAUGGACACCUCCAAUCUACCGCCCGAUCAUAAGUGUUACUCGACUGUUAGAAAACGGAUUCCGGGCCUGUUCAAAAAUGUGACCGAUUCCCGCACUGUGUACGAAUUCGUAGCGUUGCGUGCCAAGUCUUACGCCUACGACGUGGAGCAGGACGUCUGCAUUCGUACUAAGGGUGUUAUGGGGCAGGUGAUUCGUAAUCACCUGACGUUCGCCGAACAUAAGCGGUGCUUAUUUGCCGACGCGGACGACGAUGCAGAAUCCGACGAGUGCGACGACGAAUUUGACGCUACUAGGGGUAAAAUGAUCAAGGAACGCCUCAAUUCUUGCUACGCAGUCGACUCAGCCGUCGACGAUCACGCCCCCAUCCCACGUUUACAGCUAUAUGCCUUUCACGCCGUAUAG